AAAUCGCAAUUUAUGUAAUGCCAUUGAUGCAUAGCUGAUAAUAUGCGUCAUUGAAGCCGUGGUUUGUUGAUAAAUUUUUGUAUAAAUGUACCAUUGUUUUGCGUGAAUUACAUUUGUGCUUUGGGAACUUAAAUAUCGGCAUUAGUGUUCAAAAUGAAUGAUUGUUUAGUAUGCAGAAUGCUCGGAUAUUUAGUCCUUAUCACGUUGCAUUUAUCUAACGUAAGAUCACAACAGCGUCUAAUGGCAAUGGAUCGUAUUAUUUUAGCAAAUAUGGGGAAAGAGAAGUUAAUGAACGUCGAUAAGUUCGAUAUUCGCCUUCCUCCAUUUCGAAGUGAUGCACCGUCUGGUGCACUCAAUGCUGCCGCACGGGACGAGAGGAAACUUUGGGAGAGAGGUGUUGUACCUUACAUCAUCGAAAACAGCAUUUUAAAUCGUCCACUGUUUAAAGCUAAUUUACAACGUGCCAUGAAAGAAUGGAGAAAAUAUACUUGUAUAAAGUUUCGCAAAAGAAAAACAGAUCGAGAUUAUGUUGUCUUCACACAUGGAAUUGGUUGCAAUGCAGAUGUAGGAAGAAAAGGCGGACGUCAAUAUGUUUCACUUGGUCGGGGCUGUUCAGACACUGGUGUUAUCAUACACGAAUUAGGACAUGUUGUUGGCUUCUGGCAUGAGCAAAACCGUCCUGAUCGAAGUAAAUAUGUUGAUAUUAUGUGGAACAACAUUAUUCCAAACUUUAGGUAUGCGUUUGAUAGAUACAGCACGUACAGAAUUGACAGCCGAAAAGUGAGAUAUGAUUUCCAAUCUAUAAUGCACUAUGGUAAAUACGCCUUCAGCAACAACAGAAAAGCAACAAUUGUGGCUAGAGCUAGAAAUGGCAUUAGUCAAUUUGGAAAUACACACCUUAGUUCAUUGGACGUAAAACAGACAAAUCUUGUCUACAAUUGUAAAGCAAAACGGAGAAAGUUUGCAAGAUUUCCUGAGGACUUUCAAUUUUCGGCAUCGAACAUUAAAGGAAGACACUGUGUGUUCUUAGACGAACCAAACGAUCCGCAAUUUUCGUCUGUUUGGCUUUGUCAUAAAAAAACAAAAAGAAAGUCUGGAAUUAAAUGGAGCUACAGUGGAAGAUUAAAUGACUUAAUAUGUACUCAAAUUACGGAUCCAAAUGGAGAAAAAAGGGUUUGGAAUGAUAACUAUUUUUGUGUUGGAAGCAACUUUCCUUAUGAAUUUUAUUGGUCAAAAAAUGGAACGAUAAAGAACCUUAGAUGUUUAGAAUGGACCAAUAGCAACCGGUCUUUUUUAUGCGCCAAAUUCAUUGAUGGACCAAUCAAUGGAGGAUGGACAUCUUGGUCACCGUGGACAAAAUGCAACAGAUUAUGUGGUGGUGGUUAUCAGGAACAAAGAAGAUUUUGUAGAAAUCCUAUCCCAAGAAAUUAUGGUGUAUCUUGCAGUGGAAAAAAUUACAAAAGAAGAUUUUGUAAUGUGCAGAAAUGUACAGAAUUUCCAAAAUGGCCAGAAGAUUUUAUGUUUAAGUAUUUUCAUCGUACACCGUAUGAACACAAUUGUCUUCGUAUCACCAACGGAUUAAGUGAUUCAACGUGGAGGAAUUAUUUCUUUUGCUCGUCGGGGAGAAAGAAAAGAAUUAAUAUGAAGUGGUCAACCUUUGGUGCUCAACGUGAUAUGAGAUGUAUAAAUAUUAAUGAACCACUUUCCACUCAAGGAUGGAAAAAUAAUUAUCUUUGCUUACCUCUUGAUUCAAACUACACAUUUUUUUGGUCUCAUUCUGGAUCAAUUGACGGACUGUCUUGUGUCAAAUGGUUUGCCAAGAACGGUCGCGAAGGAUGGAAUAAUAAUUAUCUUUGUGGAUCGAAAUUAAAAUUGACGGCUGCUAUUCCCAAGAAAAACAAUACUACACGUAAACCAAUACCAAUUCAUGGAGGAUGGAGUGAAUGGUCAAAAUGGAGUAAUUGUAGUAAAUUGUGUGGUCAGGGUUAUCAAAGAAGAUUAAGACAGUGUAAUCAGCCCAUCCCUUCCUUGGGUGGACAAAAUUGUAACGGAACCAACGUGGAAAAUAGAACAUGUCGUAAUUCUGUCUGCAAAGAUUUAUGUAAUAAUAAAGUUUUAACGACACCAACGGGAGAAUUAACGUCACCUGCGUUUCCAAACUAUCCUCAGAACAAGCGUUGUCAAUGGCUGAUCAGAGUGGCUAAAGGACAAAAUAUCGAACUAAAAUUUUCAUAUAUACGACUGAAAGGAAAGAAAUCACGUUGUGUCUCUGAUCAUUUAAUCGUGCGAGACGGCAAUAAUGAUCGAGCUUUUGUCUUAAAAUUGUUCUGUGAAAAUUCCAACUCUCUGGUCACCAUAAACUCAUCGGGAAAUGCAGUUUUGCUGCAAUUGAAAACAAGCGACCGUUUGAAAAUAGGUGGAUUUAGAGUUAAAUGGAUGUCAAAAAAAUCGACAAAUGAAGUGCAAUGUCAUCAUGAACUUACGGGAAAUUCUGGAAGUAUAAAAUCACCACUAUAUCCACAACUGUAUCCAAAUAAUAAAGACUGCUCAUGGUUGAUAAUCGUUCCUAUAAAUCGUCUUUUGCAAAUAAGGUUUCAAGAUUUCAAAUUGGAAAAACAUAGCAAAUGUUCUUACGAUCGACUUGAAGUCUAUGACGGUGGCAGUCUACAAUCGCCAAAACGAUCUUUCUGUGGCGAUAAGAAUCCAGGUACAAUUACAGCAUUCACAAACCGCUUCUUGAUCAAGUUUCACAGCGACGCUUCGAGAAGUUAUCGUGGUUUUAAACUUCAAUGGUUUACAUCAAAACGACGUUUGUGACGGUAGAUAAAAUUAUUAACAAUUUUAUAUCUUAAAUAUCACAAAGAUUUAUAUUGUUUAAUGGUAUAAAUGAUUAUGAACAAUUUGAUAUCGACAUUAAUAAAAUCAUAAUAAAUAAUGUAGGUUUUACGAUGUAAAUUGUACGAUUUCACAUGUAGAAAAUUCAAUCUGUAUUUUAAAGGGAUACUUCUACAUAUAUAUAAGCAUUUUUGAAAAAAUGCCCAUAUUAAGAAAUGAAUAGUACAUUAAAUAUAAUUAUUGCACAAAGCCAUCAUUUAAAUUAAAACCUGUAUAAUAAAAAUAAUAUGUGUAGUUUAAAUUUAUUUUUGUACAUACAAUUAUUUACACGUCAGUAGCUAUGUUGUUUUUAAAAAUAUAACUCUGGAAAUCGAUGAUAACAAUUUCAA